AUGACUGUCCAGGACGGUGCUCGUUUUGACUUUAUUGUCGUCGGCGGUGGCACGGCAGGCAACAUCGUUGCUUCCCGUCUUGCGGAGAACCCCAAUGCCAGAAUUCUUGUCGUUGAAGCCGGCAUUGGCAGCUCCAAGGACAAUGAGGAAAUCCGGACCCCAGGACUCGCAAUGGAGAUUCGUGGCAGCCAGUACGACUGGGCCUACAAGACGACUAUGGUCAAGCGGGAUGACUAUGAGCGCAUCGAGAAGCCCAACACCCGUGGAAAGGCUCUCGGCGGUAGUUCAUCGCUAAACUACUUCUCUUGGGUGCCUGGCUCCAAAGGUACCUUCGAUAUGUGGGAAGAGUAUGGCGGAAAGGAAUGGACUUGGGACCCUCUUGUUCCUUACCUUCGCAAGAGCGUGACUUACCACGAUGAUGCUGGCUUGUACCCGCCAGAACUGAAGAAGAUUGGUGCCGGUGGACCGAUUCCCAUUGCCCAUGCCGAGCUUAUGCCCGAGAUGAAAGGUUUCCGUGAUCUUGUUACCAAGGCCUGGAAGUCCACUGGCGAACCUGUCACUGAGAAUAUCUUCGAUGGCGAGAUGCAUGGCCUAGUACACAGUGUCAACACGAUCUAUAAGGGUCGGCGCUCAGGUAGUUUCCUCGCAGUCGCGGACAAAUCGAACAUUACCAUUCUUCCUGAGGUAUACUCCAAGCGCCUUAUCAUCGACGACGCCGAUCGCACUGCCAAGGGUGUAACUGUCAUCAACGGAUCUGGACAAGAGCUAAGCUUCUAUGCGACCCGUGAAGUCAUCGUCUCUCAGGGUGUUUUUGAAAGUCCUAAGCUGCUGAUGCUGAGCGGUAUUGGUCCAGAACCUGAGCUGAAGAAACACAACAUUCCUGUUCUUGUUGACUCACGCCACGUCGGCCAGCAUCUUUUGGACCAUCCCGGUGUUCCUUUUGUUCUUCGCCUCAAGGAUGAUUUCUCAAUGGAUAACCAUGUAUUGCGCAAAGGGGCUCUACAGAAUCAAACGUUGGCAGCUUACUCCAAGGGUCACGCUGGUCCUAUGGCAUCCCCAUUCCUUGAGCUGAUCGGAUUCCCUCGCAUUGAUAAAUACUUGGAGAAGUCUCCCGAGUACCGCGAGGCAAAGGCUGCUAACGGCGGUCUCGAUCCCUUUUGCCCAUACGGCCAGCCUCAUUUCGAGCUUGAUUUCAUCCCUCUUUUUGGUAGUGCCUUCCAGUGGCACUUUCCUCACCCCAACAAGGGAAGUUACAUGACAGUAAUGGUCGACCUCGUUCGCCCCGUCUCUGAGGGCGGCGAAGUUACGCUGAACAGUGCCGACCCCUUGCAGCAGGCCAAUAUCAACUUGAACUACUUCAGUAACGACCUUGACAUUAUUGCCAUCCGCGAAGGUAUUAGAUUUACCUACGAUGUGCUCAAGAAUGGCGAAGGGUUCAAGGAUGUUGUUGUAGAUGAAUAUCCAUGGGACAUGCCGCUAGACGAUGAUGAGGCGAUGAAGAGAACGGUGUUGGAUCGUUCUCAAACCUCGUUCCACCCUUGUGGUACUGCUCGCCUGUCCAAGGAUAUCCGACAAGGUGUGGUGGACGCCGGCCUCAAAGUCCACGGCAUUAAGAAUCUACGUGUUAUUGAUGCUUCUGUUAUCCCUGUCAUCCCAGACUGCCGCAUUCAGAACUCUGUCUACAUGGUGGCCGAGAAGGGUGCAGAUGCUAUCAAGCGGGAUCACGGAGAUCUCUACCAUUAG